CUAAAACAUAAUACAGUGCAAACAAACCAAACCAACCACCCACAGAUAACAGUACAUACAAGCAAGCGUCGUCAGGCAGGCCGGGUCAAUAUCAAUAGGGCAGGUAGGUACAGGGGGAGCAAGCGGAGAUGGGUCGGGGUCACAGGCCAGGUUCAGCAGGUAGCAAGCAGCAUGGUACAGAGGGUCAGGCAGAGGGAUGGUCAGGAGCGAGCCGGGAUCAGAGCAGGAGAAGUCAGCAGCGGUUCAGAUCAGGCAGGGUCAGCAAAGGAACAGAAACAGGAUGCAGGACAGAUACAGGGCCCAGGACAAACAGAACACCAAGGCAGAGUCUGCAAGUCUGGCCAU